AUGACCGACCUCACACCCACCCUGAACACCCUCUUGAUAGAAAAACACUCAUCCAAAACCAUCCCGCCACCAACAUCCCGCCUUCCGUCCACCGAAACCGCCGAUGAAUUCCUCAAGGAAGCAUACCGCAUCAACUCCCACAUCGCCUCCCUCCUCCACUAUCUCCAAACAAUCCGCCACUCCUACCUAAAAACAACGAAUGCGCCUCCGCCAUCGCAGCGCCAACAACUCCGCCGCACAUCCUCCGUCUCGAAACACCCCCAACCUCAACCACACCAAAACGGACAAGAAAAGCAGCAACCCCAAGGAACCCUAACAGACCCCCAACGCGACGAAAUCGACACCUCAACCUCGACCCUCCUCCGCGACCUCUCAUCCUCCAUAACAAACCUGUCCUCCGCAGAGUCGCUCCGCCAGGAAACAGAGUCUACACUACUGCGCAAGAAAUAUGGUUCUACGAACAUCCUCUUCCGAUGGGCGAGCGGUGGUGAUAAGAAUGACAAGGAUAAGUCUGUUGAACAGCGAAGGGAAGAGGAGGUUGUGAGAUAUGUGCGUGUUGUUAGGGAGGGUGUUCUGUGGUUUUUGAGGAGGGGAUUGGAGGAUGUUGUAGUCGUGCAGAGGGGGAUGGUUGAACGGCGGAUUGAGAGGGUUAGGGAGAGGGAGAAGAGUGUUCUUUAUAAGGCUGCUGCUGUGGGUGCGGGGACGGGGACGCCGGUGAAGGCGCAGACGAGGGGGGAGGGUGCGAUUGGGGAGUUUGGUGGUGGUGUUGGUUUGGAUACGCACGAUGCGGCUGCGAUUAGCGAGAACGAAGUCGCUGCGAUCGAAGCGGAGUUGUCCCCCGAACAACUGCAGUUGUUCGCGGAGGAGAAUGAUACCAUGUUACGGUAUUAUGAGGAUACGCUUGAUAAAGUGCAAAAUGCGGAGAAAUCCCUCCUUGAAAUCGCAUCCCUCCAACAAACCCUCGUCGGGCAUCUAGCCACGCAGGAAGACUACAUCGACCAGCUAGUUACGGACGCGAGUAAUACGACGACGAAUAUCGGGGAGGGCAAUAAGGAGUUGAGGCGUGCGACUGAGCAGCGGAGUACGGCGCAGGCGGUAUUUUGGGGGACGGUUGGGUUGUGUACGUGGUUGGUUGUUUGGGAUUUGGUUUUCUAG